AUGGGGCGACUUUGGCUAUUUCUAGCCACCAUCUUGCUCCUGUCUUUAAUGACAUCAUCCACACCAGCUCAUCUGAGAUACAGAAGAAGCAGCAGCAGUAGCGAAGAGGAUGGCGGUGAUGGCGGUGAUGGUGGUGAUGGUGGUGAUGGAGACUGCGGGGGAGACGGAGGAGGAGGAGACUGUGGAGGAGACUGCGGUGGUGACGGAGGAGGAGACUGCGGUGGAGACUGCGGUGGUGACGGAGGAGGAGACUGCGGUGGAGAUUGUGGUUGUGAUGGCGGAGGGGAUGGCGGAGACGGUUGCGAUGCCGGUUGUGAUGGAGACGGGGGCGACGGCGGAUGCGAUGGUGGUUGCGAUGGUGGCGGUGAUGGCGGCGAUUGUGGUGGCGAUAAUUGUGGUGGCGGUGAUGGUGGAAAUGAUGGAGGAUGCGACGGGGGUAGCUGUGGAACGGAUGGUGGCUGCGACGGUGGCGGCGAUUGUGGAGACGGGGGUGAUGGCGGAGACGGUGGAUGCGACGGUGGUUGUGACGGCGGUGAUGGUGGUGAUUGUGGUGAUGGCGGUGAUGGUGGAGACUGCGGCGAUGGCGAUGGUGACGGUGGAGGUUCGGGAUCGUCUUCAUCCAGCAGUGAAGAAGAUGGAGGGGAUGGUGGCGAUGGAGAUGGUGGUGAUGGUGACGGUGGAGAUGGUGGAGGCGGCGGUGGAGGUGACGGUGGUGGGGAUGGUGGCGGAGGGGGUGGUGACGGUGGUGGGGAUGGUGGCGGAGGAGGCGGUGGUGGUGGCGGCGAUGUCGGUGGUGACGGUGGCGACGUCGAAAUCAUAUACAUUCCUGUUCCUGUGCCUGCGCCAUCGGAUGACGGUGAUGAUGGAGAUGGAGGUAUUCUUGGUCCAAUCUGCUCCCCAUGCCCAUCCUUCAUAUCACGUGACCAAGCUGUAUGUGGAUCCGAUGGGAUCACUUACGUAAACUUGUGCCAGCUGAGGAAGUCCGCCUGUGAUUUUGGUGACAGUCACCUGAAACUUGUCGCAGAUGGCGCCUGCGCAAAAACAUAA